AUGUUCGCUGUUGGCAUGGGUAUCAUGUUCGUGGAGACAAAACAGCACUUCGCUCUGUUCGAAAAUGUUUCUGGAUACAGCUUGUUUCUCAUCAAAGAAUUCGAUGAAAUAGUGCGCCGGUUUUCAGCGCAUCCGAAUGCUUUCCUGAAACCCACUGCUUUCGUCCCAUUUGGAUCAGUUGUGGAAGCUCUCGAAAAUGUCCAGUGUAUUAACGAAGGUCGCGUCUCGCCACUUCUUCGACACUUUUUGCACAUGGGCUUUGAGUGCAUCUGGGAUGCUUCUGUGAAGGAAAUCAUCCGUAUUAUUCGCGCCAAUUCCUCUCGCCUCUUGCGUUCGCUGAUGGUGCAACCGGGUGCCGUCAGUCAGAACAAAACCGCGGCCGCCCGCACCAGUCUCCAAGAAAUCGCUCCGGGCAAGGAGGCGGAGCACAGAGCGCGGCUGAUUGUAGCGCUCUCACGCGCUCGUCUCCAACUUGAUUUGCUCCAGCACCUGGCGGACACCGGCGUGGUCCGUUCUCUCGGCCUCCUUGACAGCAUGGACAACAGUCUUGGCAGUUCAGUCAAGCGUUUGAAGGCUGCCUACGCUCUACACUUUCCCGAGCUUGUCCGAGACCAGGAGACUCGUUCUCUUGACGACUUCGCUUUCAUCUCCAUUAUAGCCAACUUUCCGAGCCGAGACGGUCUGUUGAGAGCUAGAAAUGACAAUCCUGGUUCUGCUGACAAGCUCUCAGAGUGGACCGGUAGUCGGAAGUUGGCCGAAAACAUUCUUGCCUGUGCGAGCACGUCGACAGGCCAGGACCUUGCUGAGGAGGACUUGACCACUCUUCAGACUUAUGCUCACUUUCUACUGAAACUUUUGCAGGUCCCUUCAUUGCAUUUGUUGGUUGUGUUUAUUAGCAACUCUCGGAAGAAAUGCUGCGAGAUGCUCGAGCGACGUGUCCGCAGUCUACUGCCCAAUCUGACCGCCUUGAUGGAUAGGGUCCUGCCUACCAGUCAGUCCUCGUCGGACUUAGAACAU